CUCUGCAAUCACAAUUCAACGUGAAACAAAAUUUUGACCAUUUCAGAGUGAUAUUCGCCAUAGCGUUCACGGGAUUGGCCGUGGGUCAAGCGGCCAGUUUCCUCCCGGACUACUCCAAGGCCCGCCUGGCCACCGGGAGAAUUUAUAAACUAAUGGACGUCAGACCCUCCAUUGAUAGUUACUCUAAGAAAGGAACGAGACUGGAGAGAGUGACAGGGGACAUCACCAUCAAAAAUUUAGAGUUCACGUACCCCAGUCGUGCGAACGUGAAAGUGCUGAAGGGUGUCAGUCUACAGGUCCAUCGAGGUCAGACGAUUGCGUUAGUUGGGCAGAGCGGCUGUGGGAAGAGCACAAUAAUGUCCCUACUGCAGAGGUUCUAUGAUUCUGACGCAGGAAGUAUUAGUAUAGAUGGUGUAGAUAUCCGCUCCAUGAACAUCAAUUUUCUGCGUUCCUGUAUCAGCGUCGUGAGCCAGGAGCCGGUGCUAUUUAACUGUAAUAUACGGGACAAUAUAGCCUACGGCGUGGAGAGAGACGUAGAAAUGUCGGAGAUAAUAGAAGUAGCGAGAACUGCUAACAUCCAUGAUUUCAUCACAUCAUUACCUCAGGGUUAUGACACAGUGGUCGGUGAGAAAGGAACGCAGCUGUCCGGUGGUCAAAAACAGAGGGUAGCCAUCGCACGUGCUUUGCUUUGCAAUCCGGUCAUCCUGCUCCUAGACGAGGCCACCUCGGCGCUGGAUACCGAGAGUGAGAAGGUGGUCCAGGCGGCGUUAGACAGGGCCAGGGAGGGCCGGACAUGUAUAAUGAUCGCCCACCGCCUGUCCACUGUCCAGAACGCGGACAUUAUAGCCGUACUGGACAACGGGACAGUCGUGGAGCAGGGGUCACAUCAGGAGCUACUGGCCAAGAAAGGGGCGUACCAUACACUGGCCAGCGGUCAGUUGUCCCUGGUCUGAGUGACCACAGCGGGCACCUGUUGGAUAUUGGGCAGGAGGGGGUUUAGACUGCCUAUAGGCUGUACAAACUAUUUGUAUUGUUUCGUGCUCAGUACUUCGAAGGGUUUCAAGUUACAGUUUGAUUUUAUUUAUUAUUUGAUCAUUUUGAUGUGUAUUUUGUUGUUGAAGGACAGUUAAUUAUUACUUUUGGGCGUUAGUGACCAAUUUUUACAUCCGUAAAUUUUUUAAGAAAUUAUUUUAUAAAAUGUGGUCAUAUCAUAAACAAUAAGUUACAAGAGAUCAUGAUUAAUGACGGUGAAUUAGUGAAUAACGUAAAGAGGACAUUGCGCAUUUGAAAAAA